AUGUUAGUUAAAGUUUUAGUUUUAGUUUUAGUUUUAGUUUUAGUUUUAGUUUUAGUUUUAGUUUUAGUUUUAGUUUUAGUUUUAGUUUUAGUUUUAGUUUUAGUUUUAGUUUUAGUUUUAGUUUUAGUUUUAGUUUUAGUUUUAGUUUUAGUUUUAGUUUUAGUUUUAGUUUUAGUUUUAGUUUUAGUUUUAGUUUUAGUUUUAGUUUUAGUUUUAGUUUUAGUUUUAGUUUUAGUUUUAGUUUUAGUUUUAGUUUUAGUUUUAGUUUUAGUUUUAGUUUUAGUUUUAGUUUUAGUUUUAGUUUUAGUUUUAGUUUUAGUUUUAGUUUUAGUUUUAGUUUUAGUUUUAGUUUUAGUUUUAGUUUUAGUUUUAGUUUAAGUUUAAGUUUAAGUUUUAGUUUUAGUCUUUGUCCUAGUCUUAGUCUUAGUCUUAGUCUUAGUAUUAGUCUUAGUCUUAACUUUUUGGAGUAGAUAUAUUUUAAAAUCCUUUAGGAUAUAGUACGCUUUGAUUUUCUUAUCCUUAUAUUGUUAUACUAAUAUUAAUUCAUUCAAGAAGAAUCUUAAGAAGUACAACAUUUAAGAGGAUUAUCUUAUAAUUAAUCAAUGUUAUUUGGAUUUUAAUGUUAUAAUUAUUACUAAUUUUAUUGUAAUGGUAAUUGCUAUUUUAUAAUUAUUAGAAUAUUAUUGUUAUUGCUAUUAUCCUUAUUAAUUAAUUUCAUAAUUUUAAUUUUCCUAUAAUUAAAAGUUAAGCGUUUUCGUUUUAUAUGUUAAAUUUGUCAUUAUUAUGUUAGUUUUAUGUAUUAAUUACAAUACUUAAGGCUAAUUUUAUAAUUAUUGA